CCUCAGAGCUGCAGUCACCUUCCUUCUUCCUGGAGUGUCUGGCCCCUAGCAGGUGCACCAUGGAGCUGGCCCUGCCUGCCAUCAUAUUCACCCUCUUUCCUGGAGCCCUUCUGGGGAGUGAGAACUUCACAAUCAACUCCUACAGCCUGUCUCCUAGGACAGACAGGAGAAGCAUUAAUCUGGAUUCAGUGUGUGGACGUCCCAGGGCAUCAAGCCGCAUCGUGUCAGGGCAGGAUGCCCAGCUGGGCCAGUGGCCUUGGCAGGUCAGCCUGAGGGAGCACGGGGAGCACGUGUGUGGGGGCUCCCUGAUUGCCGAGGACUGGGUGUUGACCGCUGCCCAUUGCUUCAGCCAGGACCAGCUCCUGUCUGCCUACACAGUCCUGCUGGGUACCAUCUCCUCCUACCCUGAGCCCAGCGAACCGAGCGAGCUGAGAGCUGUGGCCCAGUUUAUCAAGUACCCGAGCUACUCAGCAGAUGAGCAUGCUAGUGGCGACAUCGCCCUUGUGCAGCUGGCCUCAUCCGUCUCCUUCAAUGACUAUAUCCUUCCAGUCUGCCUCCCGAAGCCCGGAGAGCCCCUGGAUCCUGGCACCUUGUGCUGGGUCACUGGCUGGGGGCAUAUUGCCACAAAUCAACCACUCCCACCACCCUUUACCCUGAAAGAGUUGCAAGUGCCUCUUAUUGAUGCGCAGACCUGCAAUGACUACUACCAGGAGAACUCCGUUUCCAGCGUGGAGCCUGUCAUCUUGGAAGACAUGCUGUGUGCCGGCUUUGAGGAAGGCAAGAAGGAUGCCUGUAACGGUGACUCCGGAGGUCCCCUGGUCUGUGAUGUUAACGGCAUCUGGAUGCAGGCAGGGGUGGUGAGCUGGGGAUCUGACUGCGCUCAGUUCAAGAAGCCGGGAGUCUACACCAACGUCAGCUUCUACAGCUCGUGGAUUGAGAACACAAUGUGGAAUUCAGCCCUGGAAACAAGAAGUUUCUCUCCCAGGCUUUCGGGGCCCCCACUUUCUGCCCUGUUGCUAUUCCUGGCUUCCCUCAAUGGCCCCUUCCUCUUCCUGGGGCCCUAACCUGCAACCUCAUCAUCCCCGUCCCUGUAGUCGCAUCUUUUGCCCUCUGUCUGCUCCCAGGCUAGUGCAGCUUCGUCAGGGACCCGCUUCCUGCGCCCUCCUUGCAUAGCCACCUGUAGACAAGCACCCCAUCCGUGCUCUGUCUUUCAAGGAGCCUCUCCACAUCCACAGACGCCUCCUAACCCCCAUAUCAUCAGACCCUUGGGACCCUUAGCUAAUCUCUGGUUUCUUUGUAGCCCCCAUGGGCGCUGAGCUGCCGUUCACCCCCAGGGGUCCUGUCGGUCUCCAGGGUGGAGCACAGGCUACGGCCGCCUUCCAGGGCAGCCUUUGGUGGCUUCUGCAGCUGGGCUGGCCUCUCUAUAGUGUGUCUGUAUCUAAAGCAAUAAAGAUGGGAUCCAGAGGUA